GGUGUGUGUCUAGUGGGAGAUAUUUAAGGGGGCUGGGAGGGACGGAGCAGAUGGAGCGGAGCAUCUGUCACAGAGAGGACCCGGGCAGAGGAGGGAGAACAGGUGUCAGCGCCAGGUGAUAACGCGGGAGGGUACAGAUACUAACAUGACACUAAACAAAAUAGAGAAGCUGGGGGGACUGUGGCAACAUCGGGGAAGUCUUCCUCUUCCAUCUGAUUCCCGGCGGCGGGGUAGUAUGCCCUUGCCUUACAAACACCAACUGAGACGUGCCCAAGCUGUAGAUGAGCUUGACUGGCCCAGUGUUCAUUCUGGGUCAUCCGACUCUGUGAGGUCCACCGACAGUAACCCGGAGCCUGGGCUCUAUAAAGUGAUGUUACUUGGUGACAGUGGAGUGGGAAAGACAACACUUGCUGGGAUAUUUGGAGGUGCACAAGACACUUUUCCCCAUGAAACGGAGCAUCCAGAGGAUACAUAUGAAAGGAAUCUGACAGUGGAUGGGGAAAAUACAACAUUACUGGUUUAUGAUAUCUGGGAACAGUCAGGGCAACAUAGCUGGAUGCAAGACAGCUGUCUACAGAUGGGGGAUGCCUUCCUACUAGUAUUCUCAGUGACAGAUCGUGGCAGUUUCCAGCGCCUACCUGGUCUACUUCUAAAACUACGCACUGCUCGUCCACACCGCCACGUUCCUGUGAUUCUUGUUGGCAACAAGGGAGACCUAGCACGCUCCAGAGAGGUCAGCAUGGAAGAGGGACGCUCCUUAGCAGGCAUGUUAAGCUGUAAGUACACAGAGACAUCUGCUGCCCUUCACCAUAAUACUCAGGAGCUGCUUGAGGGUGUUGUCAGACAGAUUCGUCUACGAAGAGAUGAAGGAGAACGUAGUCCUCAACCAGCCACUCUCCUACCACCAGGACGCAGAGAAAGUAUGACUAAAAGAGCGAGACGUCUCUUGCAAGGGAUUAUUGGAAAACAUCGUGGCUUUUUCAAGCAAAGGUCAAAAUCUUGUCAUGACCUCUCUGUGCUGUGAUCACUGAACCAUACUGUCUAUGUGUCAUGAUGGAGUCAGACUGGCCACUUUACCUCGUGGGGGGCCACAUAAGUGAGGGAACCCUGGAUAUCAUCUUAUAUAGGGUUAUACAAGUAGAGUGUGCUGAAAAGGCUAACCACAUCACCAGGCAAGCUGAGGCUUAGCAAAGGUAUGUCAUGGUAGCAUAAAGCACAUUGCUUGAUGUGACAUCUGUGAAUUAUAUUUCAUUAUAUUCUCAAAGGUGAUAAUAACCGAUUGCCUAAGUGAUAGUAGCACAAAGUGUUUUUAAGCUUCUGUUGUGUGCAAUGGAAGCUCUCAAGAUGCAGACUGCAGGAAGCAUACGGAGAAUAUGUACUUACUAUCCACAUACGCAAAACUAAAAAACAGCAUGGAUGAAAAUGAACUACAAUGUUACAUAUACCAGUUAAGAAUUAAAAAUGGGCAUCAAUGUGUUUGAUGCAUGUUUUUGUCCAGUCAGCACUGAAUGCUCUAUAUUGAGAGUAGAAUGGAAAGGACCUUACAACGUGUUACAGUGUAGGAGUGGGGUAAUAACACAGCAAUGUAAUACAUUGUAGAGCAGUCCUAUUUUAGUUGACUUGUCUGUGUGUUUGUAAUUCAGAUUUUGUCUCUGUGCCCUAUGCCCAUCAGUUUUUAAAUAUAAGAAAAUAUUAUAUCUCACUGCACUUUAUGAGAUGGUACAUGUCAUACCAUUUUCCGUACAUUUCUCUAUGGGCAGAAAGUGGGACAUUUCCAGUGCCCCCUCUAGUUGGCAUUAGGCACAGAGAAGGCCUACAUCUUUUAGCUACACUCUGAUUACUUGGCUGAUGCUGGGUUUUUAUAAUCCAUGGGCUCCGACCAGAAGCCUUUUGAACAAUCACCAGCUACCAUAUAUUAGUUUCUCCAUGGGUCAAGCAGGAGGGUGCAAGGGGGCAUCAUGUCAGAAGUUCAUUUAGGAGGUCAAUACAAACACAAGAUUGUAAUCCAAAGGAAAAAAGCCACCAGCCAUUUGUCACUUAUUGUCACUUACCUCCCAUGCUGAAGCUAUUCAAUAAACUGUGUAAAUGUCAGCAAGCUCAAUGUCAAAAAGAUAUUAUGGACUGGAGGCUAUUCUGUCUUUAGCUGUAAACCAUAUGUGGACUGGGGUUGUGUUUUAGCAUGCCCUCCAAGUGAGCAAGUGCAAUGCUAAAGCCGAAAUAAACACAUUUCACUUCAAA